CUCACGUCGAACCCACCACACUGAAUGCGCUUCCACCUGGAAAGAUUUCACAUUCUGUGAUCGCUCUAUAUUGGCUGGCCGGAUCCAGCAUACGAGUCCAGUGUCUCUGCUCCCUGAAAUCGCCGCAUCCUGCCUACAACCUCCACCUCGAAUUACUCGCCAUGCUCGCAUGAUCAGAGACCGCGCGUCCUCAGCCGUCUCGACCCCAGACGACUUCGCCAAUUCUACGCAGUAACCAUGUCGCCGACGAGAAUCCGGCGAGGACUUUGGAAACGGUAGUCAAAUGUCCAACAAUGCUCAGAUCACCGCUCGCCAGUUAUGGGGCCAGUUAAGCACACGUUCCGCGCCGACGGCGCCGUCUUCCACCUGGUGCACGCCUCUGAUUCUUCCUAGUGGAGGUGUGCUCAUUUUUGGGAAUGACACAACUACCACCCUUCACGCCCAAGUCACCUUCAAACAGCCGUGCGACAGUACCGAUUCGAUCAUCAGCCCUGAUACGACCGGCAAUUCCUCUGUGAUCGGGUUUCAAGAUCCUUUCUAUGCCUCGAUAUCUCCUCAAAUCUUUGCCCUCGCGACCGCAACCGUCAUCAGCUAUGUCCUUGUCAUUCUCAUCUUCAUCACCCCACGAACCUUCUACGUCGGUGGACCUGGCGGAGGGGCUGGGUUUCUGGGCCGGCGAGGUGUGAUAACAGGCUCAUAUGGCUCCUCUCCUAUUGUCGGCGUCGGACGGCGUCCACUACUCCAAAAGAUCGCAACUGUUACGGUGGCCAUAUCAUUGACCAUCGCCACGGCUGAUACCUUUCGUGUCGCGGAAGAUCAAUACAACCAAGGGUACAUGGAUUCGAGCCAGCUGGUAGAUAACGUGGUGGACAGCCUCGAGAUCCGCAUCAUUCGCGUCAUAUCCGACACUUUUCUGUGGCUGGCGCAAGUUCAAACACUUAUCCGACUGUUUCCGCGGCACAAGGAGAAAGUGACUAUCAAGUGGCUCGGUUUCGUCAUGGUCUCUCUCGACACCAUUUUCAGCAUCCUAGACUCGUUUGUCAGUGGCAAUCCGAGGACCAGGCCACGAAAAUUUCAAGACGCCAUCCCUGCUCUCAACUACCUGUUUGAGUUGACCAUUUCAUUGAUUUAUGCAUCAUGUGUGAUUUACUACUGUUUGUCCAAGAGGAGGUUCGCAUUCUGGCAUCCCAAAAUGAAGAACAUAUGUCUGGUGGCGGUGUUGUCACUUGUUUCUGUCGUUAUCCCGGUGGUGUUUUUUGUGCUGGACAUAUCUCAGCCGAAUCUGGCAGGGUGGGGUGAAUAUAUUCGAUGGGUCGGCGCAGCGGCGGCAAGUGUUGUUGUGUGGGAAUGGGUGGAAAGAAUUGAAUCUCUGGAACGGGAUGAGAGGAAAGACGGAAUACUUGGACGAGAAAUAUUUGAUGGCGAUGAAAUGCUCAACAUGACUCCUUCGGAAGAUGCAAACUGGCGUGGCCAUAACGGCACGAAUGACCAGGAUGGAGCUCCUCACAAAGGGAUGGGCGAGAGCUUCGGCUCUCGAUACCGGCGGAUUCGGGGUCGUUUGCCAUUGCGAAAACGGCGCAAGACAGCUCCACCCGACGGUAUAAGCACAGGAGCUGAUGCAACGGAUCAUGGCCGCACCGGAGCACACUCACAGGUUCAGCGUCCGGAACAGGUCCUUACGCCGCCCAGCAGGAGCGAUACUGGAAGCGCAGCCAGCACAGUCUAUGCAAUCCGCUAUCACAAUUUGACCAGUCCAUCACCCAACUACCAGCCAAAUGUCCAGGACCGUCCACAGACAAUUAGUGUGCCUAAUGGUGCGGUCGAGAGCCGACAAUCUGAUUCAGACUCCUUCCCGGACUCGGCAGACAAGGAUAUUGUCGUGGAAGCGCCCGCUCGCAAAGAGCCCGCAAGUCGACAUGUCUGGCAAGCACUGCCUAACCCGUUCAAGCGCAGAAGGGCUGAGCCUCCGGCCGAAGUUGCUGAUGCGCAAAAUGCCAGUGGGAUGCGCCGGUCACCAAUCGAUCGUAGUCUAGAUCUGAGGAGCAGAUUGGGCGCGUUUGCAACCGCGCAGCGGGAUCGUUUUGGCGGUCGGGCCAAUGCUCCAGCUCUGCCCUUACCCGUGACUAUCAUUCCGGCACCAAGGAGCAAUGACCGAACCUGGUCACCGGACGAUAUUGCUGAAGAGACUCAAGCCGACGGCGCUAUUCGCAUGACUACGGUCACGACGGCCGAACCACAAGCAGAUCCAUACGAGCACCCAACCCAACCCGAGGCUCUCCACCAAAUCGUCGUUAUCCCGGCUCCCACCCAGGGCCGUACCUGGUCUCCUGAUGAUAUGCAAGGUACGACCCUUCAUUCGGCCGAUGGCAGCUUUCAACGGCCGGACACGGCGAGUGAGCCGGGCUCUGCACCUACUCCCAGCAAUAGGUCUACAGCACAGAUCGUACAUACUCCAAGAGGCUCCCUUACCAUUUCCGAGUCUGAACGACAUGCUAGUCGCCUCUCGUCGCCUACUCAGCCAGCUUCACCGCGGACUGCUUUAUACACACCAACAGCGGCUAUUGAGUCGAUUGCAGAAAAUACUAGUGGUGAGGAGGGUGCAGACCCGACGUUGGAGGCUUCCGACGGCCAAGGUCGAGAUGUGAAAAUCGAUGAGGAUGAACAAUCAGAGGACAGCGUAAGAACCCAGCCAACUGGUAUGUCAGGCACGACUGUAGGGAGGGCACCUUUGGGCGAGCAGGCCCCGUCACCAAACACCGAGGAAAGACCCGGUGCAGAAGAUGGACGGGAUACUGGCGGAACUCAAUCUUGACCGGAGUGAAAGUGAAAAUUGCAUGUUGAUGAUUUGUAUCGAUAUUCGUGAAAAGACCUAGGCUGUUAGAAACGAAGAAUCUUUACCCUUA